AUGGCCAGCCCCGGCAAUGCCACCAUGUCGUGCGGCUUUCUCCUUCAGGGCUUCUCUGAGUUCCCGCACUUGAGGCCCGCGCUUUUCCUGCUGCUGCUGACGGUGCACCUGGCCACCCUGGGCGGAAACCUACUCAUCCUGGUGGCCGUGGCUUCGGUGCCCAGCCGGCCGCCCAUGCUGCUCUUCCUGUGCCAGCUGUCAGCUAUCGAGCUCUGCUACACGCUGGUAGUGGUGCCUCGCUCUCUGGCCGACCUGGCCGCGCCGGGCUUUGGCAAGGGCAGCCCCAUCUCCUUCCUGGGCUGCGCGGCUCAGAUGCAGAUGUUCGUGGCGCUGGGCGGGGCCGAGUGCUUCCUGCUGGCCGCCAUGGCCUAUGACCGCUACGUGGCUAUCUGCCACCCCCUGCGCUACGCGGCCGUGGUGACCCCAGGGUUGUGCGCGCGACUGGCCCUGGCCUGCUGCCUCGGGGGACUGGCAGUAUCCGUGGGGCUCACGGUGGCGGUGUUCCACCUGCCUUUCUGCGGCUCCCGCCUGCUGGUGCAUUUCUUCUGCGACAUCACGGCGCUGCUGCACCUAGCCUGCACGCAGAGCUAUGCCGACGAGCUGCCUCUGCUGGGCACCUGCCUGGUGCUGCUGCUGCUGCCCGCGGUACUCAUCCUGGCCUCCUACGGCGCGAUCGCUGCCGCCCUGCGCCGCCUGCGCUCCCCCCAGGGCCGGCGCAAGGCCGCCUCCACCUGCGCCUCGCACCUGACAGUCACCUUCCUGCACUAUGGCUGCGCCACCUUCAUGUACGUGCGGCCCAAGGCCAGCUACUCCCCGCGGCGAGACCGCACUCUGGCGCUGGUCUACACCAACAUCACGCCGCUGCUCUACCCUCUCAUCUACAGCCUGCGCAACCGAGAAAUCACCGCCGCCAUCCGCAGGGUGCUCGGGCGGUGGCGGGGGCGCGCGGAGGCCUGGGUCAGGGUGUGUGAGCCCUGA